AUGGAUGAGAUUUCAGGUUUCGGGUCCUACUGCAUCGGCAGGGAGAUCCUCUUGCACUUUGCCGCCGAGAAGAUGGCGACAUUGAAGCAGGAGAUGGACAAGUUUCAGGGAUCCAUGUUUCGAUACAUGCUCUUCCUGCGCGUCUCCCCGCUCUUCCCCAAUUGGUUCGUGAACUACGCAACCGCCAUGAUCGGCAUGCCUUUCUCGUACUUCCUGGUUGCACAUGCCUGA